GCGGCUGCGACUUGGCGGGCGGCGGCAUGUUCAGCUGGAUGGGGCGGCAGGCGGGCGGGCGCGAGCGCUCGGGCGGCAUGGACGCGGUGCAGACGGUGACCGGGGGCCUGCGCUCUCUCUACCAGCGCAAGGUGCUGCCGCUGGAGGAGGCGUACCGCUUCCACGAGUUCCACUCGCCAGCGCUGGAGGACGCAGACUUCGACAACAAGCCCAUGAUCCUGCUGGUGGGCCAGUACAGCACGGGCAAGACCACCUUCAUCAGAUACUUACUGGAGCAAGACUUCCCAGGCAUGAGAAUUGGUCCCGAGCCAACCACAGAUUCCUUCAUUGCUGUGAUGUACGGGGAGACAGAGGGAAGCACCCCCGGGAAUGCUUUAGUUGUGGAUCCCAAAAAACCAUUCCGAAAGCUCAGUCGCUUUGGAAAUGCUUUCCUGAACAGGUUCAUGUGCUCGCAGCUGCCCAAUCAGGUUCUGAAGAGUAUCAGCAUCAUCGACAGCCCCGGCAUCUUGUCUGGAGAGAAGCAGCGCAUCAGCCGAGGAUAUGACUUCUGCCAGGUCCUACAGUGGUUUGCUGAGCGGGUUGACCGGAUCAUCCUGCUCUUUGAUGCUCACAAAUUGGACAUCUCAGAUGAGUUCUCAGAGGCGAUCAAGGCCUUCCGCGGCCAGGAUGACAAAAUCCGAGUGGUACUGAACAAGGCCGACCAAGUGGACACACAGCAGCUGAUGCGAGUCUAUGGGGCCCUCAUGUGGUCUCUGGGCAAGGUCAUCAACACACCUGAGGUACUUCGAGUCUACAUUGGCUCCUUUUGGGCACAGCCUCUGCAGAACACCGACAACCGCCGGCUCUUCGAGGCUGAGGCACAGGACCUUUUCAGAGACAUCCAGAGCCUGCCCCAGAAGGCUGCUGUGCGUAAACUCAACGACCUCAUCAAGCGAGCCAGGCUGGCCAAAGUACAUGCCUACAUCAUCAGCUACCUGAAGAAGGAAAUGCCAAAUGUAUUUGGAAAAGAAAACAAGAAGCGAGAACUCAUCUCCAGGCUUCCAGAAAUCUACGUUUACCUGCAGCGAGAGUACCAGAUUUCUGCGGGGGACUUCCCUGAGGUCAAGGCCAUGCAGGAACAGCUUGAGAAAUAUGACUUCACCAAGUUCCACUCACUGAAGCCCAAGCUGAUCGAGGCUGUGGACAACAUGCUGACCAACAAGAUCUCAUCCCUGAUGAGCCUCAUCAGCCAGGAGGAGAUGAACAUGCCCACGCAGAUGGUGCAGGGAGGUGCCUUUGAUGGCACCACAGAGGGGCCCUUCAACCAGGGCUAUGGGGAGGGGGCCAAGGAGGGUGCUGAUGAGGAAGAGUGGGUUGUGGCUAAAGACAAGCCUGUCUAUGAUGAACUCUUUUAUACCCUGUCACCCAUCAAUGGCAAGAUAUCUGGCGUCAACGCCAAGAAGGAGAUGGUGACCUCCAAACUGCCCAACAGCGUCCUAGGCAAGAUCUGGAAACUCGCUGACUGUGACUGCGACGGCAUGCUGGAUGAGGAGGAGUUUGCGCUGGCCAAGCACCUCAUCAAGAUCAAGCUGGACGGCUACGAGCUCCCUAACACCCUGCCGCCACACCUCGUGCCCCCCUCUCACAGGAAGUCCCUGCCAAAGGCUGACUGAGGGUGCAUAGCCGGGGCGGGGGCGGGGGGGCGGCGCCUGGGCCUGAAGUCUGCUCUGCCACCGACUUGCUGGAUGUCCUUGGCCAAGGCUCUGCCCUCUCCAUGUCUCAGUUUCCUCAUAGGUAGGUAGGUCAGGGAGGGCAGAUCCUGGAUGCUGGAUGAGGUCCUUUUACCUCUGAAAUCUCUAAAUUUCUAUCAAAAUAUUGAGAAGAGCAGUAUCUAGAUAUGGAGAUUAAAGUCUCAGAAGAAAAAGAAAUUAUCCAAUGAAGAAUGUAGGUGUGGACAUAGGCUGGUGGACACAGGCUGGUGAGCUUGUGGAGUGAGCUGGAGACUCACUGGAGUCUUCAGGGCCUGUGCUGGACAGUUCAUCACCGUGACCCUCUGUCCUUCAGAGGGCACCAAGAGGUAUCAGAAUUACCUAAUUUAUUUUUCUUACUGCGUUUCCUGUUACAGGGGAGGGAACAGAGCAGAGGGUUUCUGCUCUCUAUAGACUGACACCAAAGAGAAGACUACCAGGUUUAAAAAAGGAUAUAUCAUGUCUGUGUGGGCCCAUCCCUUCUGCAGUCCCCAGACAGCAGGCAGCCAGGUCAGGAGAACCUGCUGCCUGACCCUGCCACAUUUUCCUCCCAGCAAAGCUGGAUUUAGUUAGGAAUUUGGAAUUCAUGACCUCUGUCAGCCCCUGGCCAGACCUCUUCCAAGAUCAUGUUGAAGUCUGAGGACUGCCUUCUCUUCCCAGUUCACCCAGUAGGUUGCAGCAGUCAGUUUUUCAGACUUGAGAAGAGACAGUUCCCAUCUGUCACUAAGUGUGCCCUUCAAUCAUUGAAUGUCCUCAAGGCUUUUUGGUAGGUGGCAGAAUUUAAAUUCAACAAAGCCAUGGCUUGAUUUGUGUGGAGUCCCAGAGCCUUUGGACCCAGGUAAAGACAGACCAGCCCCAUCCUGAGCUAUCAAUUAAAGAGAUCAGUAUCUUGAUGAUUGAUACUGUUGUUUGAUUUUUAAAGGAAAAAAUAUGCAUUUCAUUAUGUCUAAUUGUGUUUUUCUCACAAGAUGAAGCCUCUCUGCAGAAAUCUUUUGUGUAACACUUUUUCUUCCAAGCUAGUGUGCUUCACAUCAGGAGUGCCUAUCUGGGCCCGGAUUGAGCUGCAUGCAUACCUCCCCUGACUCUUCAGGGGUUUCCCAAGCCUGUAACUCUCUUUGACCCACUUAGUCAGGUUCAGGGUCUGCCUCCCAUCACAGCACAGCAGUGACCGCAUGGCCCAGCCAUGACAGUACCUGAAAUGAAUGAAUCUGAAUAGUGCCCCUGAAUCUUCAGAAAAAGAUACUCUCAUGCUUAAUUGCCUGCCUCUGGCAACUUCAGGGUCAGAACUGAUGAUUUAAGGGAAAAUGCUAAAAGCUCACACCUAUUAUUCCAGCACUUGGGAGGCAGAUGCAGGAGGAUUACCGUGAGUUUGAAGCCAGCCUGAACUACAUUAUUAGUGUGAUGGCACUCUGCUUCAAAACCAGAAAUAACAUUUUUGUCACCAUUCACACUCCCUAUCUUACUUUCUAAAUAAUAGUUGUAAAGGAAACAUGGUGUGCUUUUUACCCCGAGUGAGCAACAUUUUGGUUAUUUGGACACACAGAGGGAAAUGUUUGGUCCUUGGGGCUGUAACUACAUAGGCAUUCCUGUGGUGUGAGGACCCUCGUGUCCAAGGGGGGGUGGUGCCUGGGAGGGCUGCCCUUCCUCCCAUUUGUCUUGCUGCUUUCUCACUGCACCGUUGUCAUAUUAUCUACAUAAAUAUAAGCACAAACGUAUGUCUCAUGA